UGUGGCACAAUGGCCAGUGCAGCCUGGACAUGGACAUGGACAUGGACAUUGCUGCUGCUGCUGCUCUGUGUGGCACCAGGGCCAGAAGCCUGGAACAAGGGCAUGGGGGAGCCCUGUGAGGAGCACCAGGAGUGCCGGAGUAGCUGCUGUGUCCCCAACAGCUUGAACCCCCAGCGGUUCUGCACCGCUCAGACCUUCUUCCUACAUUGCUCGCCUUGGCACAAGCCCAAUGGCUACCAAUGCCUCUUCCACUGGGAGUGUCAGAGCAACUGCUGCAUCCAGAUUGGGUAUGGCUCAGCGAGGGCCUGCAUGGCCAAGACCAUCUUCCUGCAGUGUGUGCCCUGGCGCAAGGGCGUAAACCUGACCAGAUUUGGACCCUGGUGAGCUUGCCAUGGGUCAGGCCAGCAAGAAACUGUGCCUGUGGCCACGCUGCUCCCUUUCUGGCCCUGGGAGCCUCGGGAUCAGAAGCGCUGUCCUUUGCUCCAAUGUGGUGUCACUGAGCACAGAUUGUAGGUCUGUAACAUUC